CGUUGCUGAUUUGGCCGCAUAUACGCAGGUUUUAUGUUUACAUCUUUGCCUCUUGUGGAUGAUUAAUAACAGAGGCACCCAAUGUGUAAUAUGGAUAGGAUAGCAGUAGCUAACUUUAAAGUGCUGUAACUGGUGCCGUGUUUGUAUAAGAAUUUUAUAUCAGUGGAAACACUCUGUCUGCAUGAACGGUUAUGGCCGCAUUCGAGUACUUAUAAAUUACAUCACAGGACUGGUCACUGGAACGUUUCAUUGAUUUGCGUGUUGCGGCGAGUGACGUUUUGCAUUUCACCGCGAGCACAAUGGCUCAGGCAACUGCAAACAGUAUGUUUGUGGAUACGGAAACGCCCAAGAAAAUAGCCAUCAUUGGUGGAGGAUUGGUCGGAUCACUGAGCGCAUGUUUUCUUGCGAAAAGAGGCUAUCAAGUGGAUGUUUACGAGCGAAGAGAAGAUAUCCGUCGUGCGGAGAAAGUAGUUGGGAAAAGUAUCAAUCUGGCACUAAGCCAUCGUGGUCGAACUGCUUUGCGGGCCGUUGGAUUAGAGAAGCACAUUGUAGCGGAAGGUAUCCCAAUGCGGGCAAGAAUGAUUCACAGUUUGGACGAAACGACACAUCCCGUGCCCUACGGCACUAGAGAAGAUCAUUUUAUCAUAUCAAUCGAUCGACGACGACUGAACGAAGUUAUGCUGACCUUGGCGGAAUCACAACCAAACGUGACCCUACACUUUGGACACAAACUAGUCAGAUGCAAUCUGCACACCGGACGGAUGCUUUUUCAGUUGUCUGAUAAUAUUAAUGAGAGGGUGGAAAAAUUUGCCGAUUCAAUAAUUGGCUGCGAUGGCGCCCAUUCUGCUGUCCGGGAUGCCAUGUUAAAGCAAGCGGGAUUCCAGUAUCAGCAAGAGUAUAUUGAGCAUGGGUACAUUGAGCUUGUGACCCCACCAACAAAAAAUGGAGAAUAUGCUAUGCCACCGAAUUAUUUGCACAUUUGGCCACGAAUGACAUUCAUGCUGAUUGCUUUACCCAACUUGGACAAAAGCUUUACGACGACUCUUUUUAUGCCGUUUGAUAAGUUUUCGCAGCUCAGAUCACCGGAAACUGUUGUAGAUUUUUUCCGCACUACAUUUCCGGAUGCACUGAAUCUUAUUGGAGAGGAAAGUCUCGUAAAAGACUUCCUAGGAACAAAACCAUCUUCUUUAAUAAGCGUAAAGUGCAAGCCUUAUCAUUUUGGUAAGGCCAUAAUUAUUGGAGACGCGGCACAUGCAAUGGUUCCAUUUUAUGGUCAAGGAAUGAAUGCGGGUUUUCUGGACUGUUUAAGACUGGACGAACUUCUGGAAGAAUACAAUGGGAACUUUGAAAGGGUGUAUCCAGAAUUUACCCGAAGAAUGCAGAUCAAUUCACAUGCAAUCAUUGAUUUGGCCAUGUAUAACUAUAUCGAGAUGCGGUAUUUGGUAAAUACCAGAAGCUUUUUAAUAAGGAAGAAAGUCGAUAACUUUCUUUACCGCUUGUUUCCGAACACGUGGAUUCCGUUGUAUACAAUGGUGACCUUUUCUCUACUUCCAUACAGCGAGUGCAUGAAGCGGAAGAAAUGGCAAGAUACGGUUCUUCGACGAGGAGUGCGAAUUGGGAUUGCGAUGGUCGUUCUCCUUGCUUAUUACCGGUUUGGCCCGCGCCCACCUGUCCGCAUGUAUAUUAAUGCAUUCAAAUCUGCUGUAAAAGACUGGUUUUAUGAACUGCGUGUUCGUCGCUUUGAGUUAAACAGGAAUGAAUUGAUCGGUAUGCCUUAAAUCUUUGAAUGUACUAUCGUGAUUGUGAGAUGAAUUGGUUGAGAAAUUUAGCGAUGGUUUUCUGGGUUCUUCUUCUGCUAUAUUUUUCGCGUAUCGUAAACCUUGUGGACGCGGCGUUUGGCGUUUGGUAUGUAAAAUUGUAUAUCCUAUUCGUUCAGAGUUCAGACAUGGUAUUGUAAUGCGGAUGGGCAUUUCAUUGGUGCUAAUGCAAGCGGAAACAUCUGACUGGGUAUAAAGUCAAUCAUUUUGUGUAUUUUGUGUAU